CACAACAAGCCGCGAGCACAGCUUACUACAGGCGGCCGGUUUGGUUCAGUGAGUAAGACUUCCUCCUGAGAAUUGUCGUCUGCGUCUCGUCUUAUACCGCCUCUAAGUCGCUCGCGCGCGCGACAAGCGACUAGCUGAGCUCACGACGACGAUUAGUCUCAAGUUUGACACUAGACCGGACGGUGUCGGACUUGAAUGCACGGGCACGCCUCGCGACUUGAGCACUGAUAACCAUUUGACCUUAGAGGCCUCUUUCAUAUGAGCGUUAGAUGAACUGAACAUUCGUCGUCAACCCCGGGGGUUCAAACCAUAGAGUUCAAACGUGUGAAAUCACUGCAAUUACCUAUACGUUCGUGCCGAAGUGAAGUGUGGUGAGAUAAGCUCGGAGAAAAGUUGAAACGCAAAUCCAAUCGAUCGGAUCCGAGACGAUGGAUAGUAGCUGUUAGUAAUUACGCCAAGGUGUGACUAGGGAUGUCCAGUUGCUGGUCGAUCAGUCGAUUGUUUUGGUGAAAAUGUGUGUUAGAGUGUCAUGAUCAAUCGAAAAUGUCAAUUGAGUGUCACUUGAAUGUCAAUUGAAACUCCAAAAGCAUCGCAGUGAAAGUCGAUUCUAUAAUUCAUUCUGUGAAACGGAGCACCCCUAAAACAGAAAACCUGUGACCGUGUCGACGCCGGUAGUUUGCUGAUUUUCGUUUUGUUUUAGCGCAGCAGCAGAGUAGUUCAAUUUACGUGCUGUGAAUGAUGGUUAUUGGCUAGAUUCGUCGUCGUCCUGACGAAGACGACGACGACGACGGUGAGUGAUCGUACGAAUGAUGAUCAGGUGGUUAGUGGAAAUUAACACCUCCGAGCGAAACUAAUGUCUUCGUCGUCGUCUUCGUCCAUAAACAACAACAACAUCAACGUCUUCGUUAGUGGAACGUAAACAGCUUGAAAUCAACGCUUUCUUUGUGCCUCGUAGCCCCUAGCCCGCCGGUGAUAAAGUCAAGUGAUGCGAGAAGAAGUGCCCGCAUGAGUGUGCCUCUCUAUCUCUGGAAGACGACGAUACUUGAGUGUGAUCAUGCGAAACGAUUCCUGAUGACCGAGAAGAAAUCAUCAGUGAGUGAGUGAUAGUUUAAGGGUUUUUUUUUCUGUUAUACAUUGUCGACAGCAGAGCAAUGGGUGUAGAUAUGAAUGAUUCGACGGAGCAGUUGGAGCGGAUCCCCAGCACUACGCUGGAGAUGCUGCGGGGCAUUCUAGUCAAGUCCCUUUCGCGGGAGAACCUAAGUCUGACCGAUCAACAGAAGUUGCUGGCAACCCGGAAGGAUCGGCACGUGUCGUUCGAAGUCGCUGGAAACAGGGAUGCAACCGGACAAAAACAGAGCAGGCCAUCUUCAGCCAAUAAAGACGUCCGUCCACACUCUAUGCAUCUGCAUACUUUGCACUGGUUUGCCUGUGUAGGCGAAGAUUACGAUAGCAAUAAUGGUUAUGGUAAUGAUGAAGACCUGCAGAAAGAGCGCGAGGAGCGGAUAAAGCAGAUCAAAGAGCGCCAGAAUGAGGAACGGCAGCGAAAGCUAGAGGAACUGAAGGCACAAGCACUGGCGGCGCAGAAAUUCCGGGAACAGAAGGAAGAGGAACGACGCCGCCGCAUGGAGGACCUGAGACGGCGGGAGAACGACCGGCGCUCACAGGUGGAGGAGCGAAGGCGCGCGAUACAGGAGGCGGACAACGAACGGCGACAGUACAUCCUGCAGAAGAACCAAGAGCGGGACCAGCGGAUGGAGACCAAGCGGCGCAACGAGCGCAGCUCGAUACAGUUCGCGUUUGGGUCGUCGACGCCGCGGAUGAUCGACACCACCGACAGCGGCAUGUGCAGCUCGUUCUGGGCCAACCGAAGGGCAACAUCCAUCACGAAUGUGGCGUACACGGGGGUACCACUGACGCGUCGCAGUUCCGAACGGGAACUGACCGAUGGCAGUUCAAAGAAACGUGCUACCUCCGCUAGUGGUCUUGAUCGAUCAACAGACGACAUGCGACGAAUGUCCAGCUCCAUGUACGAGGUGUUCAACUGGGCCAGCACCAGCGAGUGCCCGAAGAAGUUGACCCUCUCGCUCGCCGGUUCCAGUAUCAACAUCGACGAACCCCCGUCCAAGGCGGAACGAGCUGCGGCGGCAGCGGCAGCGGCCGCCAUGAGAAAGGACGAUUCGGGUGACAUGAGCUACCAGCGUACCGUCAAUCGUCGCAAAACCGAUCUUAUGCCCACCAUUCCUAGUCCUCGCGAUAGCUCUAGAUCAUCUCUUGGCACUCACACCCCCAGAACACCAGGUCGAGCCUUCUCGAUGACACGCCUGGACCAGCUGGCUCAGCCUCGUCGCCGCAACGGCGAACACAUCAGUGCAAUCAUCGAACGUGAACGCCGCCAGGCCCACGAAAUCGAAAACCUGGCCAGGCUAUCGCUGUCCUCGUCCCGUUCGUCCCCGACGGCCGAUGGCGGCGCCAGCAGUAAGCGUAUGUCCCGCAGCAUGUCCCAGCUGGCCAGUUCGUCCUCGUCCAAGUACCGGCACCCGUCGCAAGAGUCUCCGCACUCGGCCAGCCGUCCCGGUCGUAAGUCUUCGUUCAACUCGUCGCUUGGCGAUUCAUCGUCCCUGAUGGGCGCCGGACGUCUGGAUACCUCCAAGAGCAUGUCCCAGCUCAACACGGCCGGACGGGUUUCGCGCCUUACCAAAACCGAACGCCUACGGCAGCAGAUUCGCGAGCAGCUCAACGGUUCGGCGUCUACGUCCUCUACUACCGCAGCAGGUUUGCGCUCCGGCGAGAUCACCCCGAACAGUCUGAACACGUCGCGUCCGGGCAGUGCCAUGUCCAGCUCAACGACCGCCUCCGGAGUGGUGUACCGACGAACGAUGCCCCAUUCGGCCGGCAGUAGCCACCUCCAGCGGAAGCCGCGGCCCGUCUCGAUUGCCGUCACCGGCGUGUCGGCGGGCCCCAAAGAAGAGAAACCCCCACUUCCGAAAACUCCCGCAGCGAACAACACCAGCUCCACCAGUUUGGAGCGCAAGCGUUCCCAGAGUGGGGCCAGCACUCCGGCCAGACCCCCGACGGCACCGGAUGGCUCGUCAGCAGCCAAGCGACACCACACUCCGGUGGUGGACAAGCAGCGGCUCGGCGGCAGCGGUACCGGCAGUGCCCGCGGUACCCCGAAGGCAUCGUCCACCCCGCUGCAGUCACCUGGGCCGGAAAAGGCCAACCGCACGAUGCAGGAUUCGCUGCCGAAACAACAGCCGCAGAAGAAACAACCCGCCGAUGAUCACUCGCAACAACAGCAGCCGCAGCUUCUGGUGAAGGAAGGAUCUUCGGUUAGUGCGAAGAGCAGCACCGAAGAGAAGGUUGAAGUUGUGCUGCAGCAGCAGCAGCAACAGCAGGAGAGUCAAGAAGAAGUGGUAGUGCAAUCGAGCGAUGUUACCACCGUCGUUGAAACUGUUGAGCAGCAACAACAGGUGGUUGUUGUAUGCGAGACAAAGGUGGUGGAAGAAGUGCAUGCAGAAGAGGAGAAGAUCGAACAGCCACCACAAGCCAUGGAAGUUAGCAGUCACGAGGAGAAGAGAGAUGAAAUGAAGGAUAGCACCGUCGCGGGUAACAAGCUGGAACCUAAUCAGGCCAUUGACGGUUCCAAUGGGGACUUGAUGACUGCUUCCAUGAUCGCCAAGCGCAUCAACACGGAAGAGGAAGCCAAGGCAGCCCUAGCGGAGCGCCGUCGUUUGGCUCGAGAAGAGGCCGAACGUCAAGCCGAGCUCGAACGGCAGCGAAUCGCUGCCGAAGAGGAAGCCGAACACCAGCGGCAGCUCGAGGAGGAAGAACGCCUCCGCAAGCUGGAAGAGGAAACGAUCCGUUUGGCCGAGGAACAGCGCCGGCUGGAGGAGGAACGCCUUCAGCAAGCCAUCCAGGAGGCUCAGAAGCGCGAGGAAGAAGAGCGUCAACGGCGCGAGGAGGAAGCCCGCCAGAAGGUCGAACGCGAGGAAGCCGAGAAGAAGGCCCGUGAAGAAGCCGAACGGCAGCGCAUCGAAAUGGCCGAACGACUUAAGAAGGAGGAGAAGGAACGUGAAGAGCGACGCAAACGGGUCGAGGCCAUCAUGUCCCGAACGCGGGCCAAGGGAAGCGCCAACAAUACGCCGACGAAGCAAUCCGAGGACAACAAAGAAAACGCCAUGAGCAAGAGUGUAAUCGUGACGUCUAGUACUGCAUCGACCACGGUGGACCAAACGAUGUCGAUGACCGAAUCGAUGCUCGGUUCGAUCGAACAGCAGCAACAGCAACAAUCGGAAACUGUUGAAGCAAUCCCUCAAAUCCCUCCAGUGAACGAAGAGAAUACUGAUUCGCUCGUACAAGGCGUCCAGUCACUGUCCCUGACGGAGGGAGACCAGCAAAAUCAGGAAAACAACAACAGCAACAGCAGCAGCAACAGCAGUAGCAACGACAACAGUCUAGUUAGCAACAACAACAACAACGCCAACGCUGCCGCCGAGUACGAGCGGUCGGUGACGGAGAAGGAAAACCUUCUGCUAGGUAGCUUUAACAAUAAUCUGAACAGUAGUAACGCCACCAGCAACGGAGGCAGUGAUAACGGCAGCAGCCAGCAACCCUUGUCCCUAGAAGAGACGACCAGUGCAGCGCCCACCACCAACGGUACCAAGUCCGGCGCGACGACAAUCGCCGAAACGACUGAGCUGAUCAUCGAGGAUGCGAUCAUGAGCAGCGGUCAAACCAACGGUCACAAGAACGGCAGUAUUGAUAAUGUGUUUACACAAAAUACACCGGCUGUUGACGAUGCCGCCUCCGCGAAAUUCCUAGCGCACUUCGACACUAACAAUAGUCAACCCCUAGACUUUGCGCUCUCGUCAGCAGCCGACGGCGUCGAAAGCAGCGAUAACCACAAUCAGCUGGAUUCGACCACCUCGACUAGUACGACCACGACGACAACGACCGGCACGACAGUGGUCGGUCAGUUGCUCGACUUCAGUAGCUUUCAAUCGUUGCCCGACGAGGCAGUAGUAGCGCAGCCGCAAACAGUCGUCCCUCACGACGACGACGAUCCCUUCAACCUUAUUAACAUCGACAACAACAACAGCAGCAGCAACAGCCAUGCUGACCACCUGCUGAUCGACAGCAGUAGUAACGGUACCUCAACUCCCUUUUCCAACCCCCUGUUCGCCAGCAGCGACGCAAAUCUGAUUAGUAAUAGCAAUUUCCUAAACAAUAAUUCCACGAGGCUAGUCGCAACAUCCGACAGUCAAGACAACCGAGACUUGUCGCUCUUGUGAACGAGUAAAUUGCUCUAGGUUUAAAGUGUGUGAGUGUGCAAAUGUGCCGUUGUAAUUCAUCGCGCGCGCAUCGUUAGAUUCAUCAUCGACGAUCGUCACCAUACGUCGGUCGAUUCUGCUUUGGAUCGAUAUCGAAAGAAAACGCACGUUACAGCGUGCAAUCGAGCUAAAAGGCCGUUCUGAGAUUCUGGAUGAUCACGAUGGGGAAACACCGCGACGCGGCGGGAAGAACGCCGGCAACAUUUAGCUACUACUACUACAUAGGAAUGCGUAUGAUGAUGGGGGUGUGUCUGUGACUGUGUGUGAGUGAGUCUGUCAAAAGUCAGAUCAAGAAAAGAUCAGAAUCAGAGAAUGCAUGCAUGCGUGUAUAAAUGGAAGCUUUUUUUUUUCUCUAGGUUAGGCUGUGCAGGCUGUUCGCCUGCAAACUGCAAACUGCAUAUCUAGUGUGUGUGUGGAGUACUAGAAGAAAUCAGAAAGUAUCCAGAUUAUUUGGCGGCGAGACGCUUUGCUUCGGCGGCAAGCUAGGAAAAUGUUUCGUUUCUCGAUCGGCAUAGGUCGGUCGGGAAGGAGGUACUAGAAUUAAUGCUGUGCGACACGCGACGACGGCAGGUGGGUGGUGCGCUCUGGGAUAGGAGGGCGGUUGUAGCUAGUUAGAUUUUUUUUAAUUGGAUGAGCUCGAAUGAAGACAGAGUAGGGUAGAAAGGUGUGAUCUGAAGAAGGAAUGGGGAGCAGCGGAUUUGGAAGGAACCGACGGAGAACGAUCCGAGGGGAACGAUUGUCGUGCGGGGGGUGUUUGCGGUUUCAAACCAUUUUUGGUGAAAUUAUUGUGUAGUACUAGAUGGGAUUAGUGUUGUGGAUGAGAUAUAUAGGAACUUUAUUUUGAAGACUUUUUCAAUGUGUGUACAGAGGACUUAUUUACAAAGGAUAUUCUAUAUUGUAGUUUACUCAUACUUUUUUCCCUCAAAGAAAGAGAAUAAAUACUUAAAAGAGCCUACACGUUCUAGGGUUGCACAUUCUUAUGUAGUUGCAAGCAGUACUAGAAUUCAAGGUCUAUAGAACUUCAGAUGAGUCGGUUACAUACCUCACCUUUCGAAUGUAAUCUAGUACAACAUCGUUUCCAACUCUCUUGAUGGAUCGUCUGAGAAGUUUACUGCAGGAUUUAAACAGCUACGGCGGUUCUUAAAUACGGAAAAUCGAACAAUUAGUUACCCCUGAAGAUGACACCCCAGUGUCGAAACGUCGGGCAAACAAUAAACCUGUUUUUUUUUCGUAUUAAAGACUGCGUAGCCGUCUAAAUCCAUCGUUUCCAACCUUUUCGAUAGACACCAAUCCUAGGACUGUUGAUGUAUCCUUUUAAAAGUGAAAAAUACGUUUUUGAAGCAGAAAUUUUCAACAAAAAAUGUCAUAAAAAGUGAGUUUAGAAGAUAUGAAGAUCUAGUACUGCAAUUGUAUUGCUUUUGCAAGUAAAAUACCUCAAUUCAAAUCGGUAGGUCAAACGGAAGAAAUAUUGAAUCCUGAUUAAUGGGGUUUAGUAGUAAAAUUUUUACAUGCAGUACUAGAAUAAUAAUUAAAUAUAAAAAAUAUUAGGCUUCGGUGUAUCGUUCAUGCUAGUAGCUCUUGAUAGCUGGUUCAAAUCAAAUAUCAUUGGAAGCAUUUUAUGGGAUGUGACUUUAAGCAUCGGAUUGUUUAAAGAAAACGUCCGGUCUAGUACUGCGUUUGUUUUCCAAAUACACUACUUCGUUAGUUUUUGAUGAUCAUAGGCCUCUUCUGCCAGUUGUCAAAACUCUGUAUACCGCAUGGAUGUGAUCCUUCAAUGUAAUCGUUCACAUUCUAGUUACAUUUUUUAGUACUCCAUGUAUGUUUGAUCACAUCUAGUACCUACCUGCAUAGUGAAAAUAUGCUAAGCUUUGCAAUGAUUAAUUGGCGAUUUCUGUAAGUCAGUUUACUGAAAUGUGCUUGCUUAUGACAGCAUUUUCAAAAGUUAAAUCAUUAAAAGUAUUUAAAUGUAGUACUGCAUCUUCAUCGUGAACUUUAACUUCAACUGUUUUAGUACUUCUAAGAAACAAGUGUCCACAUAUUCAGAUCUUAGUUGAUGAUUUAAAACCGGAAACCUAUCAUCCUUAUGUCCCGAUAGCAGAUUUUAGAUUUAAGUAAUGGUACUCAAUUUAAAAAGAAAUCUUUUGAAUUGAAUCGCUGGUAGAACAGCGCGAUGCUUUGUAUGAAAAAAGUGAACUCUAGAACUGCUAGAUGCUUUUCCUGUGGUAAAUACCCAAGAUCCUACAUCUAGUACUGCGUUUAUCUAAGGAUGUACCGUGGUCACCACAACAUUUGUUUUUUAUAACCGUGAGCCUGUGGAAAGAACUUUGAAGUGAGAGUGUAUACAGUAUUGCAAGGCUUCAGCAUGUAUUGGUAUAUUUUGACGUCUGAUACGUCAAAUCUAGUGUUUCAUGUCAAACACUUCUAAUAUCUUUACCUUUUGUCAAAUAUUAUCGUCUGGUGGGUUAACUCCAGGUUUCAGUACAAAAUUAUCCAAGAGUUUCAUUAACUACGAUCAUAUACGAUCUAGUACUGCAUUCAUCUGAUAAGCUUUUUAAUUGAAAUCGCUAGCGAACUCAUCAGAACUAUUGAAGAAGGUUCUUCAAACUAAACAGUGGGCUCCAGAAGUACUAGCGAUCCUCAGCGCUUUUGAGAAUGUCUUCUGUUUGGUUACAUCUACAAGUACUAGAACGAAAGAGCUUUACAACUGUAUAUUGAUUAAAUUCAGCGGACUUUUUAGGUGGUGUUCUCAGAAAAUUCAUAUAUAGAGAGAGUGGUGCUAUGAGUACCAUUAACAAAGGUAAUCAACGAUCUAGUACUGCGUACAUUAUAUUGUUGCUGAAAAUGAGCUAUGGUUCAAUCAAGUUCUUGUUUCAUGGACCGCAAUUCAGAUUCAUGAGAAUAAUUUACUACACUAGAUGUUCAAUUUUUAUAUAUACCCUAAUCUAGUACAACAGCAAUUCAGUCGAAAGACACAUUUAGAAAGUGACAUUGAUAUAAAUUAUCGCCAAACUUCAAAUACGGGAUGUUUUUAGUUUCGUUCGUUUCGUAGCCGUAUGUAUUUGAUGAUCUAGUACUGCAUUCUAAUGAAAUUUUGUGGAAUUAAAUUUGAAAAACUGCCGAGUGUUGUAUUGUUCAAUAUUCCAUAGUAAAUGUUUCAGGUCGAAUCUUACAAUGUUUUUGUUGUAUAGGUUUCCAACAUAUUCUAGUACCGCAUACAAUCAAGUUGUACGUUGUUAUUCAAGUCAAUCUUCUUAAGGCAAUAUUCCAUACCUGAAAUUCAUUUCAAAUCCAGGUAUAAUCUAGUUCAACCUUCAAAAUCAGCCUGAUUUUGGUGAUUAAGCAACACUACAUUUCCAAGAUUUCGUAAAAUCAUCAAGUACUACGUAAAAUCAUCUAGUACGUCGUUCCCACAGCUUUCAGUUAACAACUUUCAUUUCAGUUUUAAACGAGAAAACUGCUUUCGAUGCUUCACUGAUGACGAUGACAUCAAUGCCAUCUUCUUUCAUCUUAAGGUUCUUUGUUGUGACCAUUUGAUGAUCUAGUCCUGCACUUUUUGUGAGAUUUCAAUAGAGUUCAAAAAGGUAAAAAAUUGCACUUUUUGCAUUGUUCAAUUGUCCUUCAAUUCCAGAGUUUUGUUAACAUAAUCUAGUACUGCAGAGAGAGGACAGAUAUAGUCGACUCCAAGCGUGGUCGUUCGUGCUAAAUUUUUAAAGUGAAAUUCGCACUCACAUGUAGCUCAAUAUUUCAGUAACUAAUGAAUUUAACUUCCAUAUUAUUAAAAUGAUCUAGUACUGCAUUUUUUCUUGAUUUUUUAUCAUUCAAGUCAAUCUUCUCAACAGCAUAUUCCAGGUCUAAUGUGGAUGCGAAUUGGACCGCAAUGGUCGCUUCAAUGAGUUAAAUGCUGGUUUCGGUUAAGCAACGCAACUUGUUCAAAAUUUCGUCAAAUCUAGUGCUAUAACGUGCUACGUUUGAUGAUCUAGUCCUGCACUUUUUGUGAGAUUUCGAUAGAGAUCAAAAAGGUCAAAAAUUGAACUUUUUGCAUUGUUCAAUUGUCGUUCAAUUCCAGAGUUUUUGGUCACACAAUCUAGUACUGCAGAGAGGACAAAUAUAGUCGACUCCAAGCGUGGCCGUUCGUGCUAAAUUUUUAAAGUAAAUUUCGCACUCACAUGUAGCUCAAUAUUUCGUAACUAAUGAAUUUAACUUCCAUAUUAUUAAAAUGAUCUAAUACUGCAUUUUUUCUUGAUUUUUUAAUCAUUCAAGUCAAUUUUCUCAACAGCAUAUUUCAGGUUUAAUGUGGAUGCGAAUAGGAGGCAAUCAGUGAAGUACUAGAUUGAAAGUAGUGAGCUGGAUUUUUGUAUGGUGAGAUGAUCAAUUCUCCAUUUCUGCAAUGAAAUGAUACAAACAGCGUGGGUUAUAUGAUUUCUUGCCUAAUUUGAUGCUAUUUGAGCAAAAGUUUGGGUUACUGUGUUGUUGAAGUUGCAAGAAAUAAAUAAUACAACAACACAGUUACCUAAACUUUUGCUCAACCAGCAUCAAAUUAGUCAAGAAAUCAUAUAACCCACGCUGUUUGCACCAUUUCAUUGCAGAAAUGGAGAAUUGAUCUUCUCACCAUACAAAAAUCCAGCUCACUACUUCCAAUCUAGUACUUCACUGAUUGCCUCCUAUUGGACCGCAAUGGUCACUUCAAUGAGUUGAAUUCUGUAUUUUUUUUGUUUAGCAAUGCAACUUGUUCAAGAUGUCGUCAAAUCUAGUACUAUAACGUGCUACAUUUGAUGAUCUAAUAUUGUCUUUUUUCAUGAAAUUUCUUUGGGUUAAGGUAAGAAAAUGCUCGUUGUUACAGGAGUUAUAAUUUUCCAAAGUCGAUGUUACAGAAUUCGACUUAAGAUGCUUUGGUUCUAGAGUUUUUAAAAAUGAUCUAGUACUACAGAGAGACAGAAUAAAGAGAUAUGACUCCAAACGUGGCCGUUGGAAUCGUCUAAGUAAAUUUCGAACUCACAUGUAGCUCAAUUCCUGUGUUUUUAGAAUUUCAAUUCUUGAAUAACCAACAAUCUAGUACUUCAUUUUUUUCCUUAAAUUUCAUUUAGACCGAACCGUUGUUAUUCAGGUCAAUUUUCUCAAGGCAAUAUUUGUUGCCUCUCUAUUGUACAUUGAAAAAUCAAAUUUUCAGGUAUAAUCUAGUACUCCCUGAAUAACAUUCUAAAUCCUUUCAAAUACGGAUUGAACUUCCACGGUCGCUUGAAUCAGUUGGAUGUUGAAUCCAGCUAUGUUUUGAUUAAGUAACGCAGCAUAUCAAAAGUUUAGAUCAAUCUAGUACUACAACGUGCUUCGUCUCCUGAAUCAACCGAAAACCGAAGGACCUGCACGCCCUCCGCCCCCUUGGUUUGCUUUGACGUCGUCCCCGGUUCCUCCUAACCACUCGCCGUCGGUAGGUGCUAUUCAUUAGGAACGCAAAUAAAAGGUUCGAAGAAACAGUUCCAAAGGCAAGCGGCAAAGCAAAUUCACCUAGCAGUGUUGUGUACCAACCAUACCGAAUUUGAAAUCCAAUAUUUGAGGAAAGCUUUGGCUACUGACUGCUGGCUGUAAAACAAUUCAAAGAAAUUCACACAAAUUCAUUCUACACAUUCAGGAUUCAAUACACUCACACAAACAAACAAAAAACUGCGAAACAGUUUCAACAGCAAACAACAACCAGAUAAAAUCUGAUUGCGCUAAUGAAGGAAAACUAUUGAAAUUACCGAAUCAAAAAAAAAGUAAUAUAUUACUAUAUAUUAUAUAAAUGUUGAAAAUCAUAAGCCGAAAUCACUAUUCAAAGCAAAUUGAUUAUUAUUAUAAUUAUUGAAUUAUUACAUUUACCAGUUCUUAACAAACACCACUUCCUGACCUGGUGCAGUAAGUUGCAAACAGAAAACCAUAGAAAAAAAAAAGAAAGCAAAAAAUAUCAAAACAAUUAAAGAGCAGGAAGUGAGCGCCGUGUAAACUUAGUUUGACUAAUUUCCUAUUUAAGAAGAAACAAAAAGAAAAACAGUGCGAGAAACGCGCGAAAGCCGUCAGUGCAGUGUCGCUGGGACUUUAAAAAAAGAAAAACCGAGAAAUGAAAAUAGAAAUGUUUAUAAUCUAAUAAUAAAAAUUACUAGUAUUCUAAUCUGUUAAAUUAUGUAUAAAACACAGUGGAGAAGAGGAGGAAACCUACCAUUACAAUGUAAUUUAAUGAUUACACAACACACACAUACACACAAAUCAAGUGUAGAAAGGAAAACAAAUCCACACGAUUACACUAACACUUACAAAAACAACACGCUAAAAAGAAAGCAUACAAUACUUUGACACGUACACAACUACACAAACACACACACACACACGAGCAUAUUUAAACGUGAGAAAAAGUGUGUGCGUGCAACAAAAAAAACUCUGUAAUCGCAUCCAUUGAUUGACGAGCGAUGAGGGAGGCGAAUCGAAAAAGUCAUUAAAGCAAAUUAAAUCUAUACCUUUCGCCCCUCCCUCAGUCCCCCCCCCUAUAACUUAAGUGAUUAACCUUAUAGGAAAGCUAACGACGACUACGCUGACGGCGCCGAUGCCGACGGCGCCAUGGAGCCGCAGCAGGCGUCGACUAUUUAAUUAUGAUUUUUGUAUGUUUUUAUUUCUAUUAAUUACCAACAAAGACAUAGGAAAAACGUUUGCGGAAAUAAAGUAUAACUGCUAUCACACAAA